ACCUCUCGCAGAGCGCGUCGCACGUCCGAGUACCGGCCGCCGCCCGUCAUCAGUAGUCGCCGUACCGCGCAGCCACGUAACCUCUCACCUUCUUAGUUUUUAGUAGUCGGUAGUGUGGAGGAGAGUGCGGAGAGAGAGAGAGAGAGAGAGAGAGAGAGAAAGAGAGAGAGAGAGAGAGAGAGAGGGAGAGAGGAGUAAAGUAAUUGGCGAAGGGAGAUCAAGGGAAGAGAGAGAGAGAGAGAGAGAGAGAGAGAGAGAGUAAUAUCGGAGUCAAAAGAGCGAGCGAGAGGUCGACAGCCUUUUUCCCUCGUGUACUCUAUUAGUCGUCGUCGUCAUCGUCCUCGUACUCGUCCUCCUCGUCGUUGUCGUCGUCAUCCUUGCCGCCUUGUCGUUGUCGUCGUCGUUGUCAUCGUCGUCAUCCGGCGCGUCGACAGGUGCGGGUAUAUAUCCUAACCCGUUUCGCCAAUACCUCCUUCACCGUCAAUAAUCGCGCUCUCGUCGUAGUGCCGCGCGAUCAUCAGCAUACGCACCACCCUCCGUAAUCCGGAGUGUGACCGAAAGGUAGAGAUAGAGCGAAAGAGAGGGAGAGAAAGCUCCGAAACGUAGUUGGAGCACCGGUACAACUGGAACAAGUUCCGAGGGAAGUCUCGCGCGUGUCGUGACACCACCCCCUUUUCGUACGUCACGAGCCUUGCCGCGACGACGCUCGCCGCUGUCGUCGGCGACGAGAUCACUGUCGCGAGCGACCGAGGAGCACCGUCUGCAACUGCAGCAGCAUCGUUUACCCACAACAGCACUAGACAGCACUUCCUACUACGGACUCGAGCGAACUUGCCGUCGCUUCCAUCCCGGGCACGCGAGACCCUCGCGACGACGACGACAACGAGUAAUCGUGCGCCGCGCGCUGCUAUGGAGUCCCAGAACCAGGAGAUCGUAGCGAGUGGCUCGCCCGCCGAGGUGCCGAACGAUCCAGGGAAAAUGUUCAUCGGCGGCCUAUCUUGGCAGACCAGUCCAGAGAGCCUCAGGGAGUAUUUCACCAAGUACGGAGACAUUACAGAGGUUAUGGUUAUGAAAGAUCCCACCACACGACGAUCAAGGGGUUUCGGAUUCAUCACAUUCGCAGACCCUGCGAGCGUAGACAAAGUGCUGGCGCAGGGCAAUCACGAACUGGACGGCAAGAAAAUCGACCCAAAGGUAGCAUUUCCUAGGAGAACACAUCCAAAGAUGGUGACAAGGACAAAGAAGAUAUUCGUCGGGGGAUUAUCGGCGCCGACGACGCUGGAGGACGUCAAAAAUUACUUCGAACAAUUCGGUCCGAUCGAAGAUGCUAUGCUGAUGUUCGACAAGCAAACUAACAGGCAUAGAGGCUUUGGAUUUGUCACGUUUCAAAGCGAGGAUGUCGUCGACAAAGUCUGCGAGAUCCAUUUCCACGAAAUUAACAACAAAAUGGUCGAAUGCAAGAAGGCACAGCCAAAGGAAGUGAUGCUUCCAGCGAAUCUGGCGAAGACGCGAGCGGCCAGCAGAGGCGCAUACGAUUUUAUGUGGUCUCUGGGAGCAUUACCUGAUGGUUUCCCAGCGGCAGCGUACGCGGCAUACGCGGCGGGCCGCGGCUAUUCUGGGUACCCUAGUUUCGGAUUACCCUACCCGACAGGAGCGGUCGUGUACCGCGCAGUGGGGCCAAGGGUAGGCCGAGUGUCCGUGAGCCCCAGCGGGGGUUGCACCGUGGAUCUAACCAAUGGACAACUCACCCCAAACAACAACACGCCCUUACUUACACAAGCACUUUCUGUGAUGAACAACUACCAGUCAGUCGCAAGCUACGUCCAGGCCGCAGCUAGCCCGCAGCCCCCCACGACCGCGUUCCCCGCGAUCGCCGUAUCCCGUGCCCCGCUCAACUACAGUCCCGGUCCUCUAAUACCAGCGGCGUUCACUAAUGGCUACCAUUGAGCCUUGUUAAGACCUAAUAACAGGAUGGACGAGACGGCAGAACGCAGCACGGUCGCCUGAUAUAAUAAGCAACACGGACGAUUUGAGGCAGCUAAACAGUGGACGAUCUCUGGACGAAAAAAAUAACACGCCUACUGUAUAAAUACAAAGAUAUAAAUAAUGAUCAAAAGUUGCAAUAUAUUAAAAAACGGAUAAUGUCGAACAGAAGGCAACUAUCAAAUAAGAUCUAAUCGAUGCAACUUCGAAAUCCGGAUUGUAAAUAACCGGAUGUAAUAUUACGCGAAUAUGCAAUAAUGCAUUAAGAAAGAAUUUAGAGCAUUAGUCGAAUCCAGUUGGAUGCAACUAUAGAUAGAGAGAAGAAAAUUAAUCCUGUUGAUGAAUAAGGGAAAAAACUGACGCGCAACGGGGAAGACGUCCAGAGUAGACCAGAGGAAAAAGACGAGAAGAGCGACAGGAAGACCGACCGUCAGACAGAAACCGGAAGAGGUAACAACGCGCGCUGCGUUAGGCUAAUUAUGGCCGAAACUGCGUAUUAACGCCAGCCCGUUC